CAUGUCAAUUCCUCUGCAGAAUUCCCAGAUGAGACUGUACAAUAUGCCAGCGCCUUCAAUAAGUUUGCUUCUGAGUUUAACCAGUUGCCUGAUGAGCAGAAGAUUGAGGUGGGGCAUCAGUUGGAGGACAUGCUGAUCUUCUGCAACUUCCAUGGUCAAGAAUGCAACUCCAGUUACUUCUCCAGUUUCAUUAACUACAAAUUUGGAAACUGUUACACAUUCAACUCCCAGAAGCCCACAGAUUUCAAAGGGAGUCCUAUCAGUACCAAGCCGCUGAACAUAACCAAAGCUGGCUUUAUGUAUGGACUGCACCUCGAGCUGUUCAUUCAACAGAUCGAAUACAUACGAGACAUGUCACAUGCUGCCGGAAUUCGCCUUCUCAUCCACGAUCAAUCCCAAAUGCCGUUUCCUGAGGACGAGGGCGUGAAUGUCCCUCCAGGAGCUGAGACUGAUAUUGGCAUGAUGAAGGUUCACAUUAACAGAUUAAAAUCACCAUAUGCGAGUCAAUGCACAGAAGGGGAUGACAUCAAGAAUUUCUAUAAGGAUGUUUAUGGUGCUGGGUAUACACGGGAGGCCUGUAAACGUACAUGCGCUCAGCUGAAUAUCAUUGAGAACUGUGGCUGCAGUCACUGGGAAUUUGCUUGUCCGUUGGAUCUGGGGAUUCCUAAGUGUAAUCUCAGCAACACAAUAGUCCGUGACUGUGUGAAGCUGUAUGAAUUUAAAUUUGCUCACGAUGAGUUAAACUGUCACUGCCCCCUACAGUGCAAUGCACGGCAUGCCUUGGAGAAGGAGUACAGACAUUCUUGUCAGAUAAUUGUGACUGAGGAUAGUUACUUUAUAAGCUAUGACACGCGCUUCCAGAAAAAUCAUCAUAAAUAG